AUGAAUCCGCGCCAUUACAUUAUCUACAAACGCUCGGGAGCGAGACAGUUCAUAGUCCUGGACAAAGGAGCAAGACUCAUGUGGGAGCCUCAGGAGUGGACACCGUUACUGUUGGGCCUACCCAAGUUGAUGAAAGAGAAGAUCUGUCGAUACGCAGCCCUUGCGCCUGAAGGCAUAACCAUAGAUAUCACUGCCGGUAAGACUUGCAAUGUCUCGACUGACUUCAAGAGGUUUUGUGGACUCAACUACCUGCUGUACCCGGACGCUAUGAACAACGGUAUCAUCAGCAAUAUUGCAGGAGGAAACUAUGGGUGCACCUGCGAUCAGAGUCUCAAUCUCAACUUCAUGUUGGGCCGACGAAAAGACCAUGAGGAUAUCCAGAUCAACAUCAAGGGCCUCGUGCGCUUUCUGAGCAGCUUGCCUUUACUUAAAUCCAAUACUCGGUCGAUCAUCAACAUCAAACUAUACGAAAAGCAGGGACCUUAUAGAGCAAAGAUUGAAUUGCCAAUCAAGAAGCAGAGAAAGGCCAUCUUCCUCUUCUUUACCGACUUCCUCUGA